AUGGACUUCUCCAAUUAUGAGGAGGAGAAUGUUGACAAGAAUGCCAACAGUCUGCUGUCCUCAGCUCUGGGGUCUAUGGCCGACGGGCCGAAGGAUAGUGAAGAGCAGGCCUCUGUGGAGAAGAAAAACGUAGAGGAGGUGCUUGCCAGUGCAUGUCUUGCCCCAGCUCAGUCUCUGUGGACCACCGAUGCUGCUGGCUCAGUCAGACUGAGGAUAGAAGAAGCUUGCCCAGAGGAGCCUAUCACAGUUCACCAAAUGUUCAAAGCCUCUGUUGAUAAAUAUGGAAAGAUGUAUGCACUUGCCAGCAAGAAGAACAACAAAUGGGAGAAGAUAACUUUCUUAGAGUAUUAUCAAUCCAGCCGGAGAGCAGCCAGGAGCUUUUUAAAGCUUGGUUUAGAGCGCUUCCAUGGAGUGGCUAUACUAGGAUUCAAUUCAGCAGAAUGGUUCUUCUCUGCCAUCGGUGCCAUCAUUGCAGGAGGGAUAAUGACAGGGAUUUAUGCCACCAGCUCCCCGGAAGCCUGCCAGUAUGUGGCCAGUGACUCUAAAGCCAACAUUAUUGUGGUGGAAAACCAAAAGCAGCUGGAUAAGAUAUUGCAGAUACAUGACAGACUGCCCCAUUUGAAAGCCAUAGUGCAGUAUAGUGGCUGUCCCCAGCAGAAGCUAUCCAAUCUCUAUUCUUGGGCGGAGUUCAUGGAGCUGGGUCUGGAUGUUUCUGAGAAAGAACUGGAUGACAUCAUCAGCAGUCAGAGAGCCAACCAGUGUUGUGUUCUCAUUUACACAUCUGGCACCACAGGCACGUCAAAAGGAGUCAUGCUCAGCCAUGACAAUAUCACAUGGACUGCCCAUCAUGCUAGCAGGGUGGGGAACAUACUGCCUGCUGACACAAUGCAGGAGUCGCUGGUCAGCUACCUGCCUCUCAGCCACAUUGCCGCUCAAAUCUAUGAUCUCUGGACAGGAAUCCAGUCAGGGGGGCUGGUGUACUUUGCACAGCCAGACGCUUUAAAGGGAAGCUUGAUAAGAACACUGCAAGAGGUUCGCCCAUCAUCGCACAUGGGUGUCCCACGGGUAUGGGAGAAGAUGAUGGAGAAGAUAAAAGAGGGGAUAAGUCAGUGUGGAUAUGUGAAAAAGAAACUCGUGACCUGGGCAAUGUCUGUCAGCCUGGAAGUCAAUCAGAAGUACACACAAAGGAAUGCUGAGAAGCCGUUUCUAUUUUCGCUGGCGGACAGCCUUGUGUUGGAGAAGCUUCGUGCCGAGCUGGGCUUCUCUUGCUGUCAGAAGUUCUUCUCUGGAGCAGCGCCAAUUGGAAGUGAAACUGUACAAUUCUUCCUGGGCCUUAACAUCCGGCUGUAUGAGGCCUAUGGCAUGAGCGAGAGCACUGGACCUCACUUUAUGUCUGGCCCCAAAGCUUACAAACCACCAAGCUGCGGUAAGGUGCUGCCUGGCUGUCGAUACAAAAUGGCUGACGUGGACUCUGACGGGAUAGGAGAAAUUUGCUUUUGGGGACGCAACAUUUUCAUGGGCUUCCUCAAUAUGGAGGACAAGACGAGAGAAGCACUGGAUGAAGACUGGUGGCUGCGCUCAGGAGACUUGGGGAGGAUAGAUGAAGAGGGCUUCUUGUACAUCACGGGGAGAAUAAAAGAACUGAUCAUCACAGCAGGAGGAGAGAACAUCCCCCCGGUGCCCAUAGAGGAGGCUGUGAAGAAGGAGCUGCCCUUCAUCAGCAAUGCCAUGAUGAUAGGGGACAAAAGGAAGUUCUUGUCAAUACUUUUAACUCUUAAGUGUAAUAUCGAUAUGGAAACCAUGGCGCCUACAGAGGAGCUCAGUCUGGAGGCUGUGAAGUGCUGCCAGCAGCUGGGGAGCCAAGCAACCAAGGUGUCAGACAUCAUAGGAGGGAAAGACAAGGAGGUGUACCAGGCCAUCCAAGAGGGAAUCGACAGAGUCAACUCUGCAGCCACGUCUAAUGCCCAGCACAUACAGAAAUGGACCAUCCUGAGGAAGGACUUCUCCGUUUCUGGAGGAGAGCUAGGUCCCACAAUGAAGCUCCGUCGCCAUGUUGUCUUGGAGAAGUACCAAAAGGAAAUAGAGAGCCUCUACAAAUAAGUGUUGCAUCCUUAGUGAUCUUGCUGUGUAACUAUUGAUAUGAAAGUCAUGUAAGUCAAGUCUUAUCAUUAAUGGAGAUGCGUG